AUGUGGACACCGGCGAAUCGAACCAAGAUCUAUGAUGCAGUUACACCUGAAUGGAAAGCUAAGUUUGAAUAUACACACGAUGCGCCAGUCCUUCCAGGAGAACCCCUACAGAUCAGAGAACUGACCAUUUCACACCUCGCCGACUACAAUGAUCCCAGACUUUUCCAGUCCAAGGCUUGGUACAGACUUCUCCGGUUGCCAACCCUCAUCGAUCUGAAGCUGCUCAUGGGAGAAACUCAUGGGUGUCUCAGAACCAUCUUUUCUGUCGAGAAGUUCGAGUUCUUCAGUUCUUUUCCAAUACGGUGGCUAAGACCUAAUGUCGUCCAGAAACUUCAAGUUUUAUCCCUAUUCUAUACCGACUACUGGGGACAGUACCCGAGAGUGGACCUAGACCGGAUUGGUGCCUUACCAUUCCUCAAGGUUCUGGCUCUCGGGCGUUAUGUCUUUACUAAUAAGGACGAAACAGACUGGAUCGCAUCUUUGGGCAGUAAAAACAGGAGCGGCGGACUAGAAGAGUUAUAUCUCGACGAGUGCUGUGUCUUGUUUCAAGCGAAGCAGUAUGUGAAUUUGACAGCAGUUCUAGGCACUAACCCCGACCAGAACGCCCCUAUGGAAACAAUCUUAUAUAGCAGAAGAUGGCAUCACGUGCUGUCGGAAUGGAGGGUAACUAUGAAGGGAUUGGAGAAAUUUGUCAUGGGGGUUGGGGAAUGGUCUUGCCCCUUUCGAACUAAGGAGAGUUGGGACAAGAAGAUGAAACCGGUCACGUUGGAAAUGAGGCAAGACUCGCCAGAGUGGUAUUUCGGGCACAAUCGUCACAGAUUCUUUGCGGAUCCUGGACCAGAACACUACACCAGAGGCUUCAUCGCAGCCUACCAUUCGCGCCGUGACAAAUCGCAGGCGGUGCCAAUGGGAAACUAUUUGCUGGGCGAGGGCUUGAGACAGAAGCGAAGAGCACAGAUGCAAUAUGCUUGGUAUAACGUUCGCGGAUUAGCUCCCUGGUAUAUUGGCAAUCAGUAUGGGGACUUCAGUGAGGAUCUAGGUUGGGCGCCUGAAGAGGAGACUAUCGAGCUGGAUGAUGCUGCUUACGCACUGCUUAUGGAGACUAUCCGACAGAGACUAAGAUCUUAG